GCUCCCGGGGAGGCGGGCAGAGGACGAUGGAGGCGCGCAGGGUCUGCCGGCCCCGCUCACUGCCCGGGAGCCGCCGCGGCCGCCGCCAGCACCGCCACAGCCACUGUCGGGAGCGACGCGCCGGCCUCUGAAGGGGGGUAGGAGCGGGAGGCUCUGCCGGGACGGAGAGCAGCCUGGGGAGCGGAAUUGGAUUUCUCUCUCACUGAGGUUCCUUCACUUCCAGUAUGGAGAUGAAUAGAGAAAAACUGUGUGCCAGUAAGGCUGAUGGGAGCUCAGACUCUGCUUAUCAUUGCUCAACCUGCCAUGAUGAUGAGGAGUGGAGCAACACUAGCCGGGGACGAGCGAAGUCACGAAGUUUGUCUGCUUCACCAGCCCUAGGAAGCACCAAAGAAUUCCGGAGAACACGCUCCUUGCAUGGACCAUGCCCAGUGACCACAUUUGGACCAAAGGCCUGCAUGCUGCAGAAUCCUAAAACGAUUAUGCACAUUCAGGAUCCGGCAAGCCAGCGGUUGACAUGGAACAAACCUCCCAAGAGCGUCCUGGUGAUUAAAAAGAUUCGUGAUGCCAGCCUGCUGCAGCCUUUCAAAGAGCUUUGUGUGUAUCUUACUGAGGAGAACAAUAUGAUAGUGUAUGUAGAAAAAAAAGUGUUGGAAGACCCUGCUAUAGCUAAUGAUGAUAACUUUGGACCAGUGAAGAAGAAGUUUUGCACCUUCAGAGAAGAUUAUGAUGAUAUCUCCAAUCAGAUAGACUUUAUCAUAUGCCUGGGAGGAGAUGGGACCUUACUUUAUGCUUCUUCACUUUUCCAGGGUAGUGUACCUCCAGUUAUGGCUUUUCAUCUGGGAUCCCUUGGAUUUCUUACUCCAUUUAAUUUUGAGAAUUUUCAGUCCCAAGUCACUCAGGUUAUAGAAGGCAAUGCAGCCCUGGUUCUACGAAGCAGGCUGAAAGUCAAAGUGGUAAAAGAGCACAGGGAGAAGAUGACAGUGCAGAACGGUAUCGAAGAAAACGGAGUGGUGUCUACAAGUCUAGAGAAAGAAGUGGGCAAGCAGAUUAUGCAGUAUCAGGUCCUGAAUGAAGUUGUAGUGGAUCGUGGCCCUUCCUCUUACCUUUCCAAUGUCGAUGUCUUUCUAGAUGGACACCUGAUAACCACAGUGCAAGGCGAUGGAGUCAUUGUCUCCACACCAACUGGGAGCACUGCAUAUGCAGCUGCAGCAGGAGCUUCUAUGAUUCAUCCCAAUGUUCCUGCAAUAAUGAUCACCCCGAUCUGCCCUCACUCGUUGUCUUUCAGACCCAUUGUUGUUCCUGCUGGAGUGGAACUCAAGAUUAUGCUCUCCCCAGAUGCCAGGAAUACAGCCUGGGUUUCCUUUGAUGGAAGGAAGAGGCAGGAAAUAUGCCAUGGAGACAGUAUUAGCAUCACUACCUCUUGCUAUCCCCUUCCUUCGAUCUGUUUCCGAGAUCCUGUGAGCGACUGGUUUGAGAGCUUGGCUGAGUGUUUACACUGGAAUGUUCGCAAGAAGCAGAACAAUUUUGCUGUUGAAGAGGAAGAAUUUUGAGUGUCUACAUCUAACAAGACUCAUGGGAAUGGAAUGUGGCAGUAUCCCUUCUAUAUUCUUGGAUAUCUAGAAGUUCUUGGCUGACGAGUGUGGUCACCGUCUCAGACACCUGUAGCGGUUCUGGCUGAUCUGCUGAGGGCUGGGAGAAGUUGUACUACUUCCUGUCCACCAAGAGUAGGAAUGGAAGAAAUUAGGCUCUGAUUGUUACAAUCCAAAGUGGAUUUCCUUCACAUGAGCAAUCUGGAUUAUUUGUGAUUGGUACUGACAAGAGCAUUUGGAGAUUUGAUUGUAACCUCUAACCUACCAAUGACUUGGUAGGCUGAAUGUAGAUACCUAACAGCAGAGUGGCAGUAGUAAAAAGGCAUUCAAAUCUUCUGUUUGAUUUGGUAUAUUUGUAAUUCCAUUUAAGGAAUUGUAAGUAAUUCCAUACACACAUAAAGGCUCUAGGAAUUUUUGGCUUGAAAACCCCAAAGCUCCUCUUUUGUUAGCCUAAAUGUCUUACCCAGAGCAACUCUCAAUCAAGACAGCUCUUAAAAUGCUUCCUCCUUCCUUUUACUUGCAAAUGUGACACACUGUGAAGAAACACCCCUGAAGAAUGUUUCUUUUUUAAAUAGAUUGAACUAGUGGGGGGGAAGAGUGUAUAUAUAUUUUUUAUAUAUACAUAUUUCUCUAUCUUCUGCCCCUUUCAACAGUGGUUGACCCUUGGCUGUCGUCACUGUGCCAGCAUCCACAGACCCUGUGGAUGAGCUUUAGGCUGGACUUGGUUUGCCAUUUUUGCAGCUGAGCUGGUUUACAGCUCUCCAAUUGUUGGUGGGGAUCAGCAGUGUGGUAGGUUGUUUUAUUAUUGCUGUUUGAUCCUCUGGGUUAAUUGGUAGCCUUAGAGAGUGAAAAAAUAAAAGGCCACAGUUCCCCAAGUAUUCAAGAAGAAUUUUGUCUUCAGUUCCUACUAUACUGUCUAGUUCCAGUAUUGCCUUAGAGAGAGGCAGAUCCUGUGCUAGGCUCUGAAUGCCCUCAGCUUCCCCUGAUCCCUUCCAGCUCUUGGUGCUGAGUAAUAGAAGAAAGGGAUACUGCAGUGCAGGCUGAUAGAGGCGAGGACACAUUCCCAGUAGAGUAGCAUCGGUGCCUUCAGCACACUCAAGAUAUUCUAAGUCUUGUAUUUACUUCUUUUUUUUUUAAGAUGCUUUCAACUGUUUCUAACUUCUCUAUGUACAUAUUUUAUUCUGUGUGCUUUUAUGAAAGAAAAACAAAACCCAACAGAAAAAAACAACAACCCAAACUAGUUGGGGAGGUUAAAAAAAGAAGGGUUUGUACUGUACUUAAACUGAAAAAAAUAUCAAACCCAAGGAUGAUGUUUACAUUUAUGUUCUUUGUGGUGCAGUCUCAUGCUCAUACUAUCCAAACUUUAGCAUUUGCAAAGUCUUGCUGUGUUGGCCAUUAAAGGAGUGGACAUUACCUGUUUAAAUUUAAACCUAUGGCAUAAAACUGUGGAGGGAUUAAUUUCCUGCUGAAGGGUUGGGAUUUCCUUGGAAGCGGAGAGAGAAGCGAUGGUGAACUCUUCGUGAAUGUCUUAACGUUGUUUAUGUGGUCCAAAGUGGGAAUGGGAAAUGUGUGAAUUUCCAAACUUUGCCUAACCUGCUGUGUCCUCUGAUAGUUUCAGUCAUGUCUCUUCCAUUUUUGGAUGCUGCCCUAGUCCUGUCUAAUUGUAUUAAAUCCAGCUGGGAGCACUUUUCCGUAGGAGAGAAGCAAACUCUCGGCCGGCGAUACAAAUCGCGACGACAAAACGUGUUGUUAUAAAUGAAUUCUGGGUUUGUACAUUCUGUAAAGUAGAAUAUUGCUUUGAUUUGGUGGAAAUAGCUGAAAUUUUGGGAUAUCUUGGAGAAUAACCAGGUAGCUUUUGGGAUUUAUCUUUUGCUUGAAGCUGCAGUAAUUGUUUUAUCACUGUUUUGAAGCUGCUUACGGGUUUCCUUGGUGGAGUAUUCAGUUAUUUAAUAACUGUUUACUUUUUGAACUGUAGGAAUGUCACUUUUGGGGUUGUUUGGGGUUUUUUUUUGCUUUGAAACUCUUUUAUUUAAAACAUGCAAUAAUUGAGGAAAGGAACAGGGUGUAGUAGGGCUAGAGAAAUGUCUUGUGGGGAAGGAGAGCAGAACAGGUGAGGCACACUAGGAAGUGGGAAUCGUUUUGCAGAGGGGAGGUGAAAUGAUUAAUGAGCCUUAUCUAGUAUUUUUUUAAAGAUAAAAACUAUAUUCAGCACUUUUUAUUUAUGCUUUUUAUAAUAGUAAAGCUUUUAUUGACUGAAUUGCUGAAUUUCUAAUUUCCAGAGUGCAGAGUUCAUGAAAUCUGUAAUCAAAACACACCUAACUACUUUCUCUAGAUUAGAUCUAGAUCAGGAGUUCUCUUUAUCAUGUGCUGCAAUUGCAUUACUGGCUUGGAGGCUGCUGCAGUUUUGCUUGUACAACUAUUCCUGCUUGAUAACAAUCUUACUGGGAUCCCUGAUCAGCCAAGUAGGGAGCUGCAGUCACUGACUACAGGAAAAAGUCACACCAAGACUUCAGGCCUUUGGCUUCUUCCCCAGAGAGCUGCCUUGAGUAGAGUUGUACCAGCUGCUUCCUAUCGAAACACAGCCCAAACUGUGCUAGUACAUCACAAGCUGUACAAAGUCUCUUUUCAAGGCCUUUAAUGUGCAAACCAGCAACUCACAAACGGGCUGCUGAGGUUUAAACAGCACUCCAGUUUUGCAUCUUUAGCUGCUUAAAGUGUGGGUAACUUCUAUUCAAAGCAGGCUUGGUUAUGUUGGCAAUAAAAGAUCAUUUUGCUGUUGGAUCUUACUCCAAGUCAAUUGUUUGGACUGGUAAAAUUGGGUUUUGCUGAUGAAGAGCAGAGCUUCUAAUCCAAGGGUUUGCAAACAUCACUGUACCUACAAAUCCUUCCCAGUCUACAAUGGAAGCUUGGAAAUCAAUUUGGGUUUUUCAAGGAAGUUAUUCUCCAGCAGAGAGUCGAAGUUCUUAACAACUUUGAUGUGGUACGGAACGAAGCAGUGUACUGACUUUUUAAAGAGGAAGACAAACAAAUCCUGUUGCAUAUUGUUAAUGCUUUGAAAACCUGUUUUAAAAUAUUGUUGAAAACAAAUAUUUUUCAAUCCUUUCAAUAAAAUCUUUUUGUAAAGUUGGAUUUGGAAAGCAGCGCUUUGACCGUCGAGACUCUGAACAGCAGGGAGGCAGAGCCUCCUGCUCCGAAGGCAAGAGUGGGCUUUGGGGCACUGUCUGGUGGGGCAGCAGCAUCUGCUUCCUAGAAAUACACAUUUUGGAAUGCCUAUGUCUGAUACCAGUCUUCUCCCCCCAAAAAUAAAGCUGGAUUUGCUGUGUGAGUUGAAA